AGAUUCACCCCAAAAAUGGAAUCUAAAAACCAAACAGAUGUUUCAGAAUUCUUUCUUAUGGGAAUAACAGAUGCUCUAGCACUGAAGCCCAUCAUCUUCAGCAUGUUCACCUCCAUGUACUUGAUCACCAUCUUGGGAAAUCUGCUCAUCAUUCUAACUGUCAGUUCUGACUCCCAUCUCCAAACACCCAUGUAUGUAUUUCUCUCUAAUCUUUCCUUUAAUGAUAUCUGCUUAAGCACAACCAUAAUUCCAAAGACACUGGUGAACAUUCAUACACAGGAUCAGAGCAUUACAUAUACUGGCUGUCUUACACAAAUCUGCUUUACCUUGCUUUUUGGUAGUUUGGAAAGUUGUCUUCUUUCAGUAAUGGCAUAUGACCGUUAUGUUGCUAUAUGUCAUCCCCUGAACUACACAAUAAUCAUGAAUCCUCAAACCUGUAGUCUGCUAAUUCUAUUGUCCCUAAUCAUUAGUCUUGUGAACAGUGGAUUGCUUGGUCUGAUGGUGUUACGGUUGUCCUUCUGCACAAACCUAGAAAUCCCCCUAUUUUUCUGUGAACUUGCUCAAGUCAUCAAGCUAGCCUGUUCUGACACCCUAGUCAAUUAUAUUCUGAUGUAUCUUGCAACAAUCAUACUUAAUGGCAUUCCAAUUUCUGGAAUAAUUUUCUCUUAUACUCAAAUUGCCUCUUCUGUUUUGAGAAUAUCCUCAGUGAAAGGAAAGUAUAAAGCAAUUUCUACCUGUGGCUCUCACCUUUCAGUUGUUUCCUUAUUCUAUGGUACAGCACUGGGUGUUUACAUUAGCUCUGCAUUCACUACCUCAGUCACAAAUACUGCGCUGGCUUAUGUGAUAUGUACGUUGGUCCCUCAAAUGUUGAAUCCCUUUAUAUAUAGCUUGAGGAACAGUGACAUGGUGUUAGCCUUGAGGAAACAAGUCAGUAGGGUAGUAUGUUUUCUCUAA